CUUUCACGUACUCCGAUUGCCUCAUGUCUGUAUAAAUGGCUCCACAAUGGUUAGAUGGGCUGCAUUGCUUCCACAAUGUCUCGGGAGGAUUCGGACAGCUGGCCAUACAAUCUCGAAACGCCCACCGAGCCUUGGCCAUGGCACCAAGUGGUACUCAAGUUGGGCCCUCUGUCCGCCCACUUUCCGCUCCUAGAGCUCACACCCGACCCUAACCCCUCCAAUACCGCUGACAUUGUGGUCGCGGCGCGUCCAUGGAAGAGUCUAGGACAUGGGCCAAUUUGGGUUGCAACUGAACGGCCGGCGGUCCAGAUAGGAAGCGGACAGCUUAUCACGCUAAACUCCGAUGGCAGAAAAUCCGGGGUCGGGCGACUCACAGUUGUGACAGACCUUCGGCGACACUGGAUCACAUGGGCGAUAGAAGGCGGACCCACCAGAUGCAACCUGCGUCUCCCCAUCCCAUGGGCCAGACUGUCUGCGGAUGAAGCGGAGAGACAUACCACCGGAUACCACAAACUCAAUGCUAUCCCCCCGCCUCAAUCCUCCUUCAUUCUGGACCCGUACAUCCUCUACCCCCACACCAGCCCGUACGAAUUCGAGAUUGCCGAGGCUACGUCAUCAACCCCGGCACCCAGAAAGAAGGGUGUACCGGUGAAUGAUCUAUUCCGUUUUCAUAACCUUGACUCCAGGGUUCUUGUGCUUCCGGCGCCGCACAUAAAGAAAUGGUCAGCGCCGGAGACAAGGCUGCAUGCGACGUUGCAUUCGUCCCCGGCAUUUGGGGCUGGGCAUGCGUCACCGCUGGACGCCCUAGGUAUUCCACCCUCCUGAUGGUAGUCUCCCCCUGGAUGUAUAUUGUCCCUGUCCCGAUAUCGCGGUAUAACGCUUGUGCUAGUGUAAAAUCUCAGUUCAAUCAGUGUUGCUCAUUCGGAUGUGCAGCCGUGGCGACCGAAGCUUGCCCCCAUAAUAUGACUCCAUUGCGGGUCCCUGAAUAUUCGCCGGUGGACGAAUACUAAGCUUCGGCGCCGGACAGAGUACAUCCCUCAGCGCCGGGAACUGACCAACCCUCGGCGCCGCACACCCUCGGCGCCGCACAUCACCAACCCUCGGCGCCGAGCACUGGUCAGCCCUCGGCGCCAGAGAGAAGCGAAGAGCCAGC